AUGGUAUCAGAAGUUAAUCGCUCCAGCAUUGCUUCCAUGGCCAGACCUACAACUCGUUCACAAGAUGGCUCUCCUGGCGAUCUUCCUCCUGGUGAUUCCAUUCCACCACCGAUUCAUCUUCGACGUUUACAAUCCUCAGUUGAUCGACCUGCACAUGAAGACUUAUCCAGUCCCUUCUUCCUCAGCGCCGGAGAUCACCCUGGGUUGAUUUUGGUUUCUUCUGUUCUGACUGGAGCAAACUAUCAAUCAUGGAAGCGAGCAAUCACUAUGGCCCUAGCUGCGAAAAACAAAUCUGGUUGUAUCGAUGGUUCAAUACCUCACCCAAAUCCUGGUAAUCCUCUUCUCAAUUCUUGGAUUCGUUGCAAUAACAUGGUGAUGUCUUGGUUAUUACACUCUGUUUCCCCUGAAAUAUCUCAGAGCAUAAUGUUCUUUGGUUUUGCCUCUGAUAUGUGGCAUGAUCUUGCUGAAAGAUUCAAUGAGGGGAAUGGACCCAGAAUUUUCCAAUUACAAAAUCAAAUCACAAGUCUGCAACAAGGUGAUCAAUCUGUCACCUCCUAUUUUACCAGACUAAAAUCUUUAUGGGAUGAACUCAAAGAUUUCCAACCCAACACUACUUGCACCUGUGGUGCAAUGAAAGCUCUUCUUGAUUACUACAAUCAAAACCAGGUCCUCCAGUUCUUGACAGGUCUGAAUGAAUCAUAUUCAUCUGUACGAGCUCAAAUUCUUCUCAAUGAACCAAUUCUGACCCUAUCCAGAGUGUUUUCCAUGAUUGUUCAAGAAGAAUGCCAAAGAACUCUUGGUUCUUCUAAUCUUUCUUCAAUGGCCUCUUCCAUUCGUCCUCCUUCUUCGAACAAUUCAUCCCGAGCAAAGAAGCCUCGACCCUCUUGCUCCAACUGUGGCAAACCAGGUCAUUUGGUGGACCAAUGCUUCUUCAUUCACGGCUUUCCUCCUCGUUAUGGAGACAAGAAGAAACAAGACAAAGGAAAAGCUGCUACUAAUCAAGCUUCCACUAGCACCUUUCCUGAUGAAACUCCAGGCACACUAGUUCGUACUGACCUUUCCACUCAGUGCCAACAGCUCAUUUCUCUACUCAGCCAACAACUAACUCAAGCAGCCCCUAAGCCUGAACCUGUUGUUCCACCCGCUGCUACAAACAUGGCUGGAUCCUUCGAAGAAUGUGGUGAUUGGGAUAGCUAA